UCAGUGUUAUCACAUUUCUUGGUAAAACAAAAAUAAUAGUACAAAUAUACAUAUAGGUUUUCAUUGCCAAAACAUUUUUCACAUAUGCGAAGUUAUAAGUACUAUUCGGAGGUAUGUUAGCAAGUAUGUAGAUAUUUUCGUGUUAUUAAAUUUGUUAAAAUAUAUGGACGGCAUUUAUCAGCGUAUUGAUAACAAACCACAUGCGCGCGAAAUUACGUCGAACACAUUAACUCAGUGCGCAAAUAAGCAGGCAAAUGUUGGCCCGAUACCGAUUGAUAUUGAAGUCGUGAAAUAUUUUGUAAGAAAUGCUAAAAUGCAACUAUUAUGUUUACUAAUGAAGCAGUUAGUGGGACGCAACAGAACGGGGCAGAACGCGUUGGCGACUAUUUGCUAUUAACAGCGUAAAGCUUAAAUUUUAAAUUUUUGAGUGAUUUAAAUCAACUGUAUAUGGAAAUAUAUGUAUAUAUAUAAUAAUAAUAAUUAAUAUAUGUGUUAAAUAUGGUUGUAACGUGUUCAAUUGAAUUCGACAAUAAUCCCUAUGGCACCUAUUUUGGUGGUCAAAUUAUGACUGGUAAAAUUACACUGCAGGCAGACAAGCCGAAACAGGUGUCAGGGAUCGUGCUGAAAAUUAGCGGUUGCGCAGACACAAGCUGGGAAGAGAGUAGCAGCAGAACAACAACGGAUGCACAUGGCCGUUCGAGCACUGAAACGCAAACAACACGCUACAACGGCCACGAAGAUUAUGUAAAAUCGAAGACUUACUUACUUAGCUCCAACGAAAAUCAGUCUGCUGUUAUUGAGCCCGGCAUACAUACCUACACUUUUGCCUGUCAAUUACCCGCCACCUGUCCUUCAUCAUUUGAAGGCUUCUAUGGUUAUAUACGUUAUUUAGUGAAAGUGGAACUCGUGCGACCAUGGAAAUUCAAUCAGAAUUUCACACGUGGAUUUACGGUUCUGAAAGUACUGGACCUGAACUACGAUAGCCCUUUACUGCGGGUGCCUUGCAAAUCGGAAGCGCAGAAAGUCUUCUGUUGUGGACCUUGUAAAACACAGCCAUUGGAGGUGCAUGUUUCUCUGCCACAAAGUGGCUAUGUGCCUGGACAAGCAAUGCCAGUUAGCGUACUCAUUUCAAAUGAAACCAAUAUAAAAGUCGAAGAACUCAAAAUAGAAUUGGUAAUGCUCAUUUGCUACUACAGUCAAACACCGUUGACACAUACGAAGAACGAACGCAUAGCCGUGGUUAAGUUGAAAGGUGACGGUGUGCCGGUGCAUUGCAAGAAACAACUCAACUAUACGCUCUUGGUGCCGGCUACACCGCCGACAUGCUUCAAUCUAUGUCGUAUCAUACAGAUCGCCUAUCAAGUGGAGGUGGUGGCUAAAGUGAAGGGUUGGCAUGCGGAUCAGGUGAUCUGUGUGCCAGUCACGAUCGGCAAUGUACCGCUGCUCGGUGUCAUACAAACUCAACCAAUGGCGUCCGCUGAACACCACAAUCCCAGUAGUAGUGUUAAUGGAAUAGUGAAUCGUUCGUUCGCGGCUGGUGAGGAGAGUGCCGAUAUUGGCGUUAAGAAGUCCAUCGAGGCUGAUGGUCUACAGUCUACCGAACAAGCCAACUCUAUACAAGUUAACAGCAGUGCUGCGACAAGUUCUGCCAUAAUGACAGCAGCACCGCCAAGUCCGUGGGCCGCGGAUGCCAGUAUACCACCGCCAUCUUAUGAAGCCGCGCUGCACAUGAAACGAGCUAAACUUUACGUUGGUGAAGGACACGAAUAUGGCGAAACCGAAUUUGCACCACGGUAUCCCGUCUUCAAAAUACCAAGUGCAAACGCGCCAAGCAGAUCAACAGACGAAGUUGAUGCUCUGCCAAAUGUGGAUGGUGUAGCAACUAAUGGUAUCGCACCACCGGAAAAGAGUACAUGGCUGUGAAUUAGAAUUAAAAAUCAACCUUCAACGACUUAUCAGCGGCAGUAGCGUACGAAAAUCCGCGAGCGUUACAGCAAGUGAAUGAAAUUUCGAAAACAAAAGAGGAAGGCGCUCAAACGCUUUUCGAUUCCACAAUGUUCCAGCAACGGUUUUGCCGUCACCAAAUAAAAUUCAUAUCAGAAUAACGUCGUUGGCUUAUCUAAAAACGCACGUUGGGUUGUUGUUGUUUAUUUUGUUUGUAUAUCAAAUAUUUCUAACUAUGUACAUAUUGUUGAAAGAUCAUUUACGUUAUUGUUUUAUCACGUAUUUCACACGGAUACAUAGAUGUAUGCGUGCUUAACCUUAAGUAUCCGCUAUGCGCCGCCGAGCGUAUUGCGCGUUGUCCAAUUUUGUCAUAUUCAGUCCGAUUCGGUCGAUUGUCGAAGCAAAAUGGUCGUAACUUGUGAUAUUCAAUUCAAUCAGAAUGAAUUCGGUACUUAUUUCGCUGGCCAAUUGGUGGAUGGUUCGGUGGUGCUAAAGGCUGAUAAGCCCAAAAAUGUUAAAGCUGUGGAUUGCGAAGUUUGGGAUUAGGCUUUAAAUGCAACGGCACAAGCGGUUCUCAAGCAGAAAUUUCCUCCGUUAGCUUAUCAGUCAUUAAUCUUAUCUGAUUAGCUAAUUUACUCAUUGAAGUUGUGUACAUUUGCACUGCAUAGAAAUAUAUACGCAGAUACUACGAGUAUAUAUAAAUAUUUACUGGUAUUCAAAGCAUUUGUUUCAGCUGGUGUGUGUGAUGUAAUGUGACAAAAUAAAUUUUACCUUGCAAUCAAUUAAAAA